GUCGUUCUUCUGGGCAUCGUAUACGUUUCGAGUGACUUUCAGCGUCUGCUGAGCAGACCCAAUAUAUGCUGUCUACUUAUGCAACUCCCUAGGAUUUGAGCGGCAGCCGUCGUCAGCAGUUCAACAUCAUCGCACUGACGUGAUCUGCUAAGGCAGUGCAUGCUGAACUUUCUGCUGCCCAAGAGAACAAAACGGAUAUUGAUAAGUCAACCAUCAGUUUCACUUCGUUUAACUCACAAGGACUCAACAGCAAACGGAUUUCUUUCCUUUUUGGUAAAUGAAGUCCCACCAAGUGUGGAACGGAGAAGCGACGCCGGCCUUGCUGUAAAAGAAACGCUUCAAACUUUUGCGAAUAAAUCUAAUUCUCAGUGGCUUCAAGUGUCGGACUUUGAUUUCCCCAGCAGCGUGUUUGGAGUCGUGCUGGGUUGGCAGAAAUGGGGACGCGGAUACGUUCCCAUAAACUCACUCUUUUAAUCAUCCCUUUGAUACUUACAUCGCAUUUGCUUAAUGUGGUUCAGAGCUCUAAAGUGUGGGAUGAGGUGCCUUUCCCAGAAGGUUUAGAGGAGGAAAACACGCGGCCGGGAGGUUAUGUGGAUGAUGAAGAGUACUAUGAUCCUUCAGGAGAUGUAAGUGGAGAAGAGGAUGGAAGCACCCCUGAGCCGAGCACAGUUGAACCAGGCACACCUAUUACAAUUUACUAUCGGGCACUGGUGAACUUCACAAACUCAUUCCAGUAUGGGCCUGAACUUGAUGACAUCUCCUCUCCUGCUUUCAUAGAGAUAUCAUCUGCUGUCGUCGAUACGCUUGAGUCUGACUACAAUAGGAUACCAGGACAGCAGUCCGUCAAUGUGGUUCUCAUUAAGAAAAUUGGCAAAGAUGUGUUUGUGGAGCUGGACGUCGGCUCGGAUAAUAACUUUAAUGAAACACAGAUCAGAGAUGUCCUGUCCUCAGUGGUUAAAGAGGGCACCAUUGCCUCUUACGAUACCUCAGUAAAAGGCUUCCAGUUCAGACGGCUUGGAGAAGUGAUUUCCAGUGCCAGAGAAUGUUUGUCAGAUGAGUUCAGAUGUCAGGAUGGGCUUGCGUGUAUCCCUGUGGUGUAUGUGUGUGACAAACGGCCUGACUGCAUUGACUUCAGUGAUGAAAUGAACUGUGUUGUUCCUGUACGUCCUACUCCACCUACGCCUCCUAAAACCAGACCCCCACCUGGCCCAGGACCCUGCCGUGCAGACCAGGCCACCUGUCAGAACGGACAGUGCAUCUCACGGGACUACGUGUGUGAUGGGGAAACAGACUGCGCUGAUGGCAGCGACGAGUUCAAUUGUGGAACUCCAACUCCCUGUGAACCCAAUGAGUUUAAGUGUCAGAACGGCCGCUGUGCCCUGAAACUGUGGCGUUGUGAUGGGGAUAAUGACUGUCAGGACAACUCAGAUGAGAUGAACUGCCCCACUAAAGGUCCGGGGGACACAUGUGCCCCAGAGCAGUUUGUGUGUUUGUCUGACCGCACAUGCAUUCCUGCCAGCUACCAGUGUGACGAAGAGCCGGACUGUCCCGACCGCUCUGAUGAAUAUGGCUGUGCACCUCCCAUUGUGACCGUCCCACCAGAAGAGUCCAUCGUAGUAUCGCGGGGGGAAACUGCGACCUUUACUUGUUCUGCCAUUGGUGUGCCUGUUCCCAUCAUCACAUGGCGUCUUAAUUGGGGACACAUACCAACCAGUAGCAGAAUCACAACGAGCAGUGAGAAUGGGCGAGGAACGCUCACCAUCCGUGACGUGAAGGAAGGUGACCAGGGCGCGUACAGCUGUGAGGCCAUCAACGCUAAAGGCCUAGUGUUUGCCAUUCCUGAUGGGGUCCUCAGCCUGUCUCAGAGACCAAAACCAGGUACUGCACCAGCUCCAUAUGGUAACUGCAAUGAUGGGCACUUUAGCGUGGGCCAUCACUGCAUGCCAUGCUUCUGUUUUGGCAUCACAAAGAACUGUCGGAGCACCAGUCGCUACCGCAGCCAAAUCACACUGCGCUUCACAGAGGACGAUGACUUCAAAGGAGUCAAUGUGUCACUUCCUAAUCAUCCAAGCACUCCACCACAUCUCUCCAAAACUCAGAUGUUGAUCAAUCCAGAGAGUGAGUUCCAGCUAGUUGAUCUGUCUCGCCAUUUCUUCGAACAAGACUCUUAUUGGACUCUGCCUCGCCAGUUCCUGGGCAACAAGGUCGACUCGUAUGGAGGUCAUCUGAAGUUUAAGGUGAGAUACUCACUGCAGCGAGAUGGAUCUCAACCAAAGGAGAAACCUGAUGUUGUGCUGAGCGGCAACGGGCAGAAACUUAUUUACCGUAGAGGCGACCCAACUUCACCUGACACAAUCAACCAUAGAGAGAUCAAGUUUACAGAGGAAAACUGGCAGCACUCUUCAGGAAGAGCAGUAACUCAUGAUGACCUCAUGAUGACCUUGGCCAACUUGGAGCGCAUCCACAUUCGCACCAUUUAUGAUAACCGCAUGUCCAGUGUCAGUCUGAGUGACAUCAGCAUGGAUACCACCACCAAAGAGUUCACCCCGCAGGGGACCCCAGGAGACGUGGAGGAGUGCAGAUGUCCUGCUGGGUAUUCAGGCCUGUCUUGUGAGUCCUGCUCCCCUGGUUUCGAGCGGGUACCUGGACCCUACCUAGGCAUCUGUGCAGGCUGCAACUGCAAUGGUCAUGCCAGUGCCUGUGACCCUAUUAGUGGACACUGUCUGAGUUGUCAGCAUAACACAGAAGGACCUCAGUGUGACAAAUGCAAGCCAGGCUUCUUCGGUGACCCAAGUCGAGGACGAUAUGAUGACUGCAAACCCUGUCCUUGUCCAUACACAGAGACGUCUCGACGAUUUUCAGAUACUUGCUUCCUGGACCAUGACAAGCAGCCAACAUGUGACGCCUGCAGACCCGGUUACACAGGGCGACGUUGUGAGAGAUGUGCUCCAGGAUAUGUUGGCAACCCUAUUCAGCCCAAUGGCAAAUGUGUCUUUUCUACUAGCCCAAAGUGUGAUAACAGAGGAACCAUCAAUCCCAUCAGCCAACCAUGCUACUGCAAGACCAAUGUGGUUGGUGCUCUUUGUGAUGAGUGUAAGAAUGGCGCUUUUAAUUUGGCGGCUGAAAAUCCUGAAGGUUGCUUGCAGUGUUUCUGUAUGGGAGUUACAAAACAGUGUGCCAGUUCAACCUGGAGCAGAGAUCAGGUUCGAGGUGGUGUCAAUGGCCAGCUCUUCACCCUUUCCAAUGCAGCAAACACUAGGACCAUCUCUGAGGGCUUCACCCAGAGAGCAAGUACAGAGGUGGUCUACCGAUCCUUCACCAGUAUCCCUAAUGACAUCUACUACUGGGUCCUGCCUCAGAAUUUUAGAGGGGACAAGGUCACAGCAUAUGGUGGAGAACUGCAGUACAGGAUGCAUUAUGAGACACAGGCUCGUUCACUAGUGAUUGAUAGACAACCUGAUGUGGUUCUCCAAGGCAACGGCAUCUUCCUGGAGCAUUAUUCACAGACCAAACCACUUCCUAGAGUACCAGCCACCAUCACUGUGAAUUUUAGAGAGUCUGCAUGGAGACGGUCAGAUGGACAGCCAUGUACUAGAGAGCACCUGCUGAUGGCUUUGGCAGAUAUCAGCUUAUUUAUGAUCAGAGCGACUUAUGCAGACAAUAUGGCUGAGAGCCGUAUCUCCAAUAUACAAAUGGACAUUGCAGUGCCCCAGGCUACAGGAAACGAGAGGGCUCUGGAGGUGGAGGAGUGUGCCUGUCCUCAAGGAUACACAGGACCUUCUUGCCAGGACUGUGAUGUCGGCUACACCCGUACACCGGGACUUUAUCUUGGCACCUGUGAGAAGUGUGACUGCCACGGGCAUGCCAGUGGCUGUGAUUCAGAGACUGGAGGAUGCUUGAAUUGCCUACAUAACACUGUUGGGAGCCGUUGUGAAAACUGCCUCCCUGGUUUCUAUGGAAAUCCAAGGACUGGUGAUCCACAGGCAUGUAGACCCUGUCCUUGUCUAGGACACUCUAGUAGCCAGCCUUUAUCUUGUUACUUGGACUCAGAUGAAGAGCCCACAUGUGAAUGUCCUGUUGGUUAUACUGGAAGACACUGUGAAAGAUGUGCCCCAGGAUAUACUGGCAAUCCCCAACUUGGACAAAGAUGCACUCCAGGCGACGGUAAUGGUGAUUGUUACCGCUGUGACCAAAGUGGUAGCGAGGGAUGUAGCGGAACUGGAAUCUGUCGCUGCAAGAUGAACGUUGAGGGUUCAACAUGUUCCACUUGCAAGCAAGGGACCUUUUACCUCAGUCCUGCUAACAAUGAUGGCUGUCUGUCCUGCUUCUGCAUGGGCGUCACCCAGCAGUGCUCCAGCUCCAGACACUAUAGAGAUGUGGUUUCCACCAUUUUUGCCCCUGGCAACUACCAAGGUUUUGCUCUUGUAAACCGCCAGCGCACCAACCGAGUUGAUGGUGGCUUCUCUGUAGAGCUGUCCACAGAUGGAACACAACUCUCCUACACUAACUUUGACUAUCUUGGACAGGAGCCACACUAUUGGCAGUUACCCAGCAUUUAUCGGGGAGACAAGGUUGGUGCGUAUGGUGGAAAGCUGAAAUACACUAUAUCCUUUGUGCCAGGACCCCGAGGUUCUCCAAUAGAAGAUGCUGAUGUUCAGAUUAUUGGUAAUGACAUCACGCUGGUGGCACGGCAACCAUGGAGAAGCGGGCAUGGAGCCAGAGAGUCACAGGACUUUGAGAUUGUUUUCAGAGAGGAACACUGGCAGCGUCCCGAUGGCAUGCCGGCUACCCGAGAACACCUGAUGAUGGUGCUCGCAGACCUCGAUGACAUCUUGAUCCGUGCCUCGUAUCACACAGAGAUGCGCUCCUCCAGUAUUUCAGGGGUCCUCAUGGAUACCGCUGUGCCUGAGUACACUGGCCUGGCCCAGGCUUUGGAGGUGGAGCAGUGCCAGUGUCCUCCUGGUUACCAUGGUCUGUCCUGCCAGGACUGCGCACCUGGAUACACUCGCACAGGAGGAGGCUUGUACCUUGGCCACUGUGAGCCGUGUGAAUGUAAUGGCCACACAGACUCCUGUCACCCAGAGACUGGCAUCUGCACGAACUGCCAGCACAACACCAAGGGUGAGCUCUGUGAACAGUGUGCUGACGGCUUCUUUGGAGAUCCAACUGCUGGAACUCCUGAAGACUGCCAAGCAUGUGCCUGCCCCGGCACUGACCCUGACAACCAGUUCUCUCGUACCUGUGAAAGUCUGGGUAACGGAGGCUACCGGUGCACUGCCUGUCAGCCCGGCUACACUGGCCAGUAUUGUGAACGCUGUGCGUCUGGUUAUGUUGGAAAUCCACAAGAGAGAAUCCCCUGCCGUAGUGCUGCUGCGUCUCUGGAGGUGAAGGUGAUUCCAGAAAGGGUUCAGGUGGCGCAGGGAAUCCCAGUCACUCUCAGGUGCCAGGUGUCUGGAUAUCCACCACACUAUUUCCACUGGUCUCGUGAGGAUGGACGCCCAAUCUCCAGCACAGCAGUGAGACGCAGACAAGGAGUGGAGUUGCAUUUCCCCAGUGUGCUCCACAGUGAUGCUGGCAUUUACAUCUGCACCUGCCAAGACCAGCGUAGCUACAAUCGAAGCAAAGCAGAGAUUGUUGUUACAACCUUACCAUCCAAACCGAUUGAAGUCUUUAUUGAGGAGCCCAAAUCACAGCGUGUGAAUGUGGGAUUUACAGUGAGCUUCAUCUGCACAGCCAAAAGCAAGCUGCCAGCGUACACACUUGCUUGGACCCGCCAGGGCAUCGACAAGCUGCCUAACCGGGCCAUGGAUUUCAAUGGAAUCCUGACCAUUCAGAAUGUGCAGCCUGAGGAUGCAGGCAUCUAUAUUUGCACGGGCUCCAAUAUGAUUGGAAUGGAUGAGGGCACAGCCAAACUCAAUGUCCCAGAGGCUUCUCAGUCACAGAUGUUUUACACAACCUAUGAGAUGUUUGAAGGACAUAGAAAGCCUACUGAAGGCGCCCAGCCGGUGGCCACAGUAAAUCCACCUGUGCUGACAGUCCAACAGGGCCAGCGGGCAGAGUUCCGCUGCACAGUGACCGGCAACCCCACUCCUGCUGUGGAAUGGAUAGGUGGUCCUGGAAAACGAAUUGGGUCAAAAGCUGUCAUUCGUAAUGGGCUGCUGACCAUCCCGUCGGUGGAUCACGUGGAUGAGGGCGAGUACAUUUGCAAGGCUCUGAACACACAUGGCGAGCACACAGCCCGAGGAGUUCUUCAUGUUCAAAGUACAGGUCAAUCUCACGGUCUACCCCAAGUACAAGUGAGCCCUCCACGGAUGGAAAUUCACGAGGGUGAAACUUUACGGGUGUACUGCAGGGCCGUUGGCAGUCCAACCCCUGCCCUCACAUGGAAGAAGAGAGGUGGUUCACUUCCACCACAGGCAAUUCCUUCUCACGGUUUCCAUCAAUUUAAAAGCAACAGUCUCGAUGUGUUACAGAGACGUAUUGAGGAGCUACAGGCCAGCGUGGAGCGCACUGAUCUCAGCACUCUGUUCGUACCCAAUAUCAGGUCAUCUGAUGCAGGAACAUAUCUCUGUGUUGGAACCAACACUGUUGGUUCUUCAGAGGCACAUAUAGAUGUCUUUAUCAAAAGAGGAGAAAUCAUCCCCUCUGGAGUCACCAUCCAGCCCUCUAUUGCUUCAGUAAUGGAGGGAGAGACUCUAGAUCUCAAUUGCAUUGUCCCAGGAACCUCUGCAGCAUCUGUCAGGUGGAGCAGGGCAGGCGGCUUGCUGUCAUCCAAUCAUCAGGUUUUGGGAACUCAGUUGCGGAUCCUGCAGGCCUCUGCAGAUGACACUGGAGAAUAUAUCUGUCAGGUCGAGGGUGGCCCAUUCCCCCAUCAGGCUUCUGUAUCUGUGUCUGUGACGCCCCGUAAGUCUCCUAGAUUGAUGAGAAACAGGGAACUAUUCAUGUUAUGCAGAUCAUUAACCAAACAUGCUGUUAUGUGGGCAGGGGCUGUUUCAUAAUGUUGUCUAAUGUCAAUCUUCACAUUUAAGUAAACAGACAAAUUUUCAAAUCCCCUUAAUCUCUGUGUCAAGAAUUCAUUUUCAGAAAUAAUCAUUUCAAUUAGUGCACUCCAUUUUUCUGAUGUUCAGAUUCUUUUGUUGUCCCAUUUUAGGAACCUAUUCUUAUAUUGUUGUCUGAUUUCAUUUUUAGAAUCUCCUAGGGCUGUAGUGACCCCUGCAGGACCGGUGCGAAUCAGGAUCGGCGAUCCCAUUAAUCUCGAAUGCCAGGCUGCUGGAGAGCCAAGACCCUCUGUCAGAUGGCACAGACUAGACAACAACCGCAAGACGAUGCUGAGCAGCCCCGUGUCGGCAGAUUCCAGUGCUUUCAUGCAGAUCUUAGUUGCACGGCCUGAAGACAGUGGCACAUAUGUGUGCACUGCACAGAACAACCAAGGCACAACUGAAACUCGAGUGGAGGUGUUUGUUGAAGGAGGGCCUCAGGUGCCGACUGUUCCCCAAGUUAGCGUACUUGAGCCUAUGAUAGUUGUGGUAGAGGGAUCAAGUGCAACACUUCAUUGUGAUGCCCAUGGAUUCCCAAAGCCCACCAUCACAUGGUCUAAAGAACGGUCUUCUUUGCCUUGGAGACACAAAAUUGUUGACAACAGCCUGAUCUUAACUAAUGUGGGCCGUCAGGACUCUGGUCAAUAUCUCUGCAGCGCCACUAACCACAUGGGCACCAGUGUAGUCACCAUCAUGCUGGAAGUAGACACUCCACCCUAUGCCACUUCCUUGCCCGAUGACGUGUCUGUACGAGUGGGUGAAGUAAUCCGACUGCAGUGCCUGGCCCAUGGCACCACGCCCCUGCGAUAUGAGUGGACCAAGGUCAAUGGCAGCUUGCCUCCUACUUCUCAGCAGCAACAAGGAGACCUCCAGAUCAAUCUGGCCAAAGAGAGCGAUGCUGGGACAUAUAAGUGUGUGGCCAGCAAUAAGGUUGGCAAGAGUGAAGCGCUGGCCAAAGUCUCUGUCAGAUCACCCCUGUCAGUGAAAGUGUCCCCACAGGUGGAGGUGAAGGCUGUGAGCAGCGCUGUGGAGUUUACCUGUGCUGCUAAAGGAGGGUCUCACAUUGAGAUUGAGUGGCUGAAGGAGGGAGGAUUUCUUCCACCAAAUCAUCACAUUAAAGACGGAGUGCUCAGGAUCGAGAACCUUGAGCAAAGCAAUGAGGGAAUCUAUACCUGCAGAGCUACAAGUGUGUUUGGAGAGGCUCAGGACAGUGGCAAACUCACCAUUCAAGCUCUACCCAAAGUGAUGAUCAACGUGCGCACAUCAGUACAGACGGUGAUGGUGGGCAGCUCAGUGGAGUUUGAGUGUCAUGCGAUCGGUGAUCCUGAGCCCACGGUGCGCUGGAGUAAAGUGGGAGGCUCUCUUCCCGACCAUGUGGAAAUAAGGGGGAACAUCCUGAGGAUAGUUCGUGUGGUUGAGUCAGAUUCAGGACAGUACCGCUGCACCGCCACUAAUAAUGUUGGCUCGGAGUAUAGCCAGGUGCUUCUUAAUGUCCAGUCCUUGCCUCAGAUUUCUGAUCAGCCUGAGUCAGUGGAAGUAGCAGUUGGCUCUGAUGCUGUCUUGUCUUGUAUUGCGUCUGGAUACCCAGUCCCAACCAUCACAUGGUCAAAGGUGGAGAAUGAGUUACCCCCUAAGUGCAGACACGAUGGACAUGUCCUGACAGUCCCUAGUGUCACACACUCAGAUGCAGGAAAGUAUGUGUGUACAGCUGCUAAUAAGCAAGGCAAAGUUGAGGCCUUCACUAAACUCUUGGUUCAUGAGAGAGUGAUGCCCUAUUUUACCCAGGAACCACUCUCGUACCUCACACUCUCCACUAUCAAAAACCCCUACAAAGCAUUCAGCAUCAGUAUUACCUUCAAGCCAGACAAUGCUGAUGGGCUCAUUUUGUAUGCCGGUAUGAUUCUUUAUAAUGGACAAAUGAAGACCACUGGUGCUGAUUUCAUGUCUUUUGGGUUGGUGGGUGGCCGUCCUGAAUUCAGGUUUGAUGUGGGCUCUGGUAUGGCAAAUAUACGUUACCCUAUUUCCAUUAAACUGGGGGAGUUCCACACUGUGAAUCUCUAUAGGAAUCAGACUCGAGGCUCUCUUGUUGUGGAUGGAGAAGCUCCUAUAAAUGGAACCUCACAGGGAAAAUUCAAGGGCCUUGACCUGAAUGAGGAGCUUUUUGUGGGCGGUUAUCCAAACUACAGCAUGCUUGCUAAAACUGCAGGCCUCAAGACAGGGUUUGUUGGCUGUAUCAAGCAGCUGAUUAUCCAAGGUGAUGAGGUCAUUUUCAAGGACCUUAAUAAAAGUUCCACCGGAGUUUCAAAUUGUCCCACUUGCGAGGACUUCCCAUGUAAGAAUAGUGGAAUAUGUGAGAACUCUACAGCCAGUCUCUACAAAUGCAGUUGCCAGAUAGGAUACACCGGAAGCAACUGUGAGCAUCAGUCUGCCUCGCACUGUCACACAGAUGCCUGUGGACUAGAUGCCACCUGUAUUAACCAACCCAGGGGUUCGGGCUACAUCUGCCGCUGUCACUUGGGCAAAUCUGGAAACAAGUGCAUGGAUGGUACCCUGGUAAGAACGCCAUUGUUUGAUGGAGACAAGUCUUAUAUUGCAUAUCCUCCUCUUACUAAUAUUCACGACGACCUCCGGAUUGAGAUGGAGUUCAAGCCCAUGGAUUCAGAUGGGCUGAUGUUCUUCGGCAGUGGCAAAAGUAUGAAAGUUGAGGACUUUGUGACGUUAUCCAUGGUGGACGGACACAUUGAGUUCCGAUAUGAACUUGGAACAGGUCAAGCAGUUCUGCGCAGUCAGGAGCCCGUGUCUCUGGGUCAGUGGCAUCGCGUGGUGGCCGAGCGGCUCAAAAAGGACGGUUCCUUGAAGGUGGACCAUGCACGAGAGAUCACAAGGUCCUCUCCAGGCAAUGCCCAGGGCCUUAAUAUCCAUACACCCAUGUAUCUGGGAGGAGUGCCCAGCAUGGACAUCCUGCCAAAACCCGCAAAUGUUAGCAUGCUCUUUGAUGGAUGCAUAGGAGAGGUCUUCAUCAAUGGAAAGAAGUUGGAUCUAUCAUACAGCUUCAUAGAGAGCAGAGCCAUCAGCCAGUGUAAAGAUGGCAACCCAUGUGACCGCAGGCCUUGUCUGCACGGAGGCACCUGUAUUGCCAGUGCAGAGUACGAGUACCAGUGCCUCUGCGUUGAAGGAUACUACGGUGACCGUUGUGAAAUAGUGAAGGAGAGCUGUCGAGAAUCCUCUCAGUGCCAGUACGGUGGCAGUUGUGUGAAUAACCACUGUGUGUGUCCCGCUGGCUACACAGGUCGGCACUGUGAGAAAGGGCAGGAGACCAGCUUCACCGAGGCACCGUGGAAUUUGGAGGGUAGUUGGAGAAAUGACUCUCCUAUUGAAUAUUCUGCAUAUUUCCAUGAUAAUGGAUAUCUGGCUCUUCCAAAGCCUAUGUUCCCCCGAAGUGCUCCUGACUUUCCAGAGACCAUUGAGUUAGAGAUCAACACUGCCUCUAAAGACGGCCUCAUCCUGUGGCAGGGAGUGGAACUGGGAAGUCAAGGAAAAGGGCAGGACUUCAUAAGUAUUGGUUUACAAAAUGGACAUAUUGUGUUUAGUUACAAGCUGGGCAGUGGAGAGGCUCAGAUUCAUUCCAGUAAGCCUGUCAAUGAUGGACGGUGGCACAUGAUCACUGCAGUCCGAACGGGUAAGCAGGGCUACCUUCAGAUCGAUGGAGGAUCUGUCCAACAUGGGCAAUCUCAAGGCAAAAGCAUCAUGGUGAACACCAAGGGCAAUAUAUACCUGGGUGGAGCUCCAGACAUGAAAGCAUUGACCGGUGGCAAGUACUCAUCAGGUAUCACAGGCUGUGUGAAAAACCUCUCACUGAUGAACGCUCGUGCGGGAGAAAAUCCAGCGCGACCUAUCGACCUGCAGGUCCACGCAGAGGAGGGCAUCAAUGUGGAGCGCUGCUUAACAUAGACGCAGUACUACAACACUAGCAGAAAAAAGACCCCUCAGCCACAUUCACACUGAGGAACAUGCAUUUCUCAGACGCUUACAGGACAAACUACAGUCACACUUACACAGAGACAUACACUAAUAUGUGUUUCUUGGUGCUUCACCGCAACCAGAAAAACACACAAGAAAGGAUUCUUUGCUCUGAGCUGCAUUAAACCAAAAAGAAAAAGAGAAAGACAAAUUAAUGAUAUUAACAAGUCUUCAGUAUUUCAGUGUUUUAUGCUCAAUCAAGGACCUACAGUAUUAACACAGAAGCUCUGUUUACGUAUUCUGAACAGUAGCUUUUUUACCCAUGAGAAAAAGAUGACAAAAAUGUUUUAAAAAAUAAACACGAUGAGCCUUC